AUGGUUUCAAAGGCCAGAAAACUCAUUCAUGGUAUGGGUUAAUAUUGGAAUGAAAUUCCUUCAAAUCAUAAGAUAAUGUAUUGCUCUGUUCUGGCUAGAUAGAUAAGGGGGGAGAGGGGACACUGCAAUAUUCAUAUUCAAUUGUUAUUAAAUAAUUAUAGAAAAAUAAUUUCCAUUGUUGUUUAAUAAAAUAGAUGAUGGGUGGGUGGGGUGAUUGGAUACAUUGCACAUUUGGACUUUUUGCACCUGUAAUUAUAGAAAAUUUGUUUUUUGGGGGGGAUUUUUACCAAUUGAUUACACAACAUACCUUCUAAUUUAAAGUUUUUAUUUUGUCACAAAAGUCAAACAGACAUGUUACUUGCAUACGCGUUUACCCGAUUUGCUAUAAAACCCUAAUCCAGAAGCCAGGUUAAUGGUUGCUAGAGUAAUCUCAAAAUAAAUACACUCUGAAAGGCACCAGACUUUAUUUAAUAGUAUCUCUUAACAAAUGGCAUCCCAUAGACCAAAGAGAUAUCAAAAUAAGCCCUGGAUAAAGUUCUAGAGAAGCAUCCAUUGGGUUGGAUUCUAAAAAGAUCUUGAAAUUUGAACUUCCAUUGAGCACUGUUAAAUUUAUUAGUAGAAAUGUGUCAACCUGUGAUUGUCCUAGAAUACAUAGUCCACCAAAACACCUUGACCAGAUAAGGAGGACAUUAGUCAGAGAUGUUACCAGGAGGCCAACUGUAAUAUGGAAAUAGCUGAAAGGAUCUGAGUCUGGAGAAGUCAUCCGUUGGACAGUUCUAACCCAGAUACUCCAUAAAGCUGUGAUUCAUGAACAUGUGCCAUAUCAAAUCCCAUUUGAAGUUUGUUAAACGGCAUACUGGAAACCCAUCAAACGUGGACAAAUUUCUCUAGUAUGAUGGACCAAAAAAACUACAUAGGGCACAAAUCCAAACUAGAUCAAAACUGGGAUGAACCUUGACCUCAAUCAGACUGAUAAUCUGUGCACUUGAAAAUAGCUGUCUCUAAUGAUUUUGGUUUCAAAAAAAAUAAAUGUUUUUUUUAUAAAUUACAGGAUCCAGAUAUGAAAUUAUGUUAGACACUUAUUCCCAAAGAACCACAGUUAAAAUUACAACCUCAGGUGGUUGGGCCAAGUAUUGGCUCAGUUGGGUGACUAGUUAAUGCGUUUUUGCUUAAUUAUUGUUUGCCUUACAAUAAAAAAUAUUUUGCACCUUCAAGGUGUUAGUUAUGUUGUGUAAAAUGAAUAAAUCCAUUCAAAUUCCACAUUGUAACACUGAAUAAUGUGUGUGUGUGUGUGUGUGUGUAGGGGGGUGGGGUAACUAUUAAUGUAAGGCACUAUAGACAGAUAUCUGUGAUAGAAAGAGAAGGUAACUGUAACCAUUUUUCCUCUAGGUUCCAAGUCUGUCCGAAAAUUCGUUUCCUUGAAGACAAGAGUCGCUGGGAGUCUAAAAUGAAGAAAAGCCAGAGUGUGAUGACAGUCACAGCAGAGGAUGUAAGCGGAUCCUUUUUAUAUUAGUUUCUGAAUAUAUUUAUUUUUUUCUGUAUCAGUCAUACACAGCACAUGGAGGUGUUAAAGUGAGCAUUAAUGCAGUUAUAUCGUCACUUUAAUAUAGAUGUGUGUGGGUAUGUAUGUAGAAAUGUAAGUACAUACAUAUUUAUGGUUAGAUAAAUAAUGGAAUGACGGUAUGCAUUUUCACACUAACAUGUCUGUUCAUAUAUUAUUAGCCAAUUGUUAAUUCUUUAGCGUACAGAGUUGGGUUUUUGAGCUUGCUACAGAAUUUUUGUUUAGCUGAUUUCCAAAUUAUUACACUACUCAAUAGUUUUUAAUAGAAGUAUGAACACAUUUAGUUCCCAGAACUACCCUGAUCAGGCACAACAUUAAAACCACUGACAGGUGAACUGAAUAACAUUGAUUAUAUUGUAACAAUGGCGCCUGUCAAUAGGUGGGAUAUAUUAGGCAGCAAGUGAACAGUCAGUCCUUCAAAUUCAUGUGUUGGAGUCCGAGAAAAAUGACAAAUGAAAAGAUCUAAGUCCUUUAAAAUGACUAAAUACUUAUAGCUAGACGACUGGGUCAGAGCUUCUCCAAAACUGCAAUCCUUGUGGGGUGUUCCCAGUAUGCAGUGGUUAGUACCUACCAAACGUGGUGCAAGGAAGGACAACCGGUGAAAUGGCGUCAGGGUCAUGGGCACCCAAGGCUCAUUGAUGCAUGUUGGGAGCGAAGGCUAGUCUGAAGGCUAGCUGCGUAUUGGACUGCGUAGCUGCAGAACAGUCAGAGUGCUUACUGAAUGAUGACCCCUGUCCACUGACAAAGGCGCCUUUAAUUAGGACGUUAAUGUCAGUACUGGACCAUGGAGCAAUGGAAGAAGGUUGAAUCACAUUUUCUUUUAGCUCAGGUGGAUGGCUGGGUGUUUUUUCCUUUAUUUGGAAAAGAGUUGGCAACAUGAUGCAUUAUGGGAACAAGGCAGGACGGGGAGGCAGUGUUAUGUUAUGGCCAAUGUUCUGCUGGAAAACCUUGGGUCCUGUAAUUCAUGUGGGUGUUACUUUGACACGUAUCACCUACUUAGAGAUUGUUGCAGACCAUGUACACCCCUUCAUGGCAAUGAUGUUCAUUGGCCUCUUUCAGCAGGUAAUGCACACUGCUACACUGCAAAAAAAUUUCAGGAAUUGUUUGAGGAACAUGACAAAGAGUUCAAGGUGUUGCUUUGACCUCCAAAUUCCCCAGAUCUCAAUCUGGGGAUCAUCUGUGGUAUGUGGUGGAACAACAAAUCUGAUCCAUGGAGGCCUCACCUUGAAGGACAAAGAAUCUGCUGCUAAUGCCUUGGUGCCAGAUACCACAGGAGAUGUUCAGUUUUUUUGCAGUCCAUUCCUUGGUGGCAGCAUGAUGGGUACCUACACAGCAUUAGGCAGGUGGUUUUAAUGUUGUGGCUUAUCAAUGUAUGUAGCAGACUCAGAAUCUCAAUAGUGGAAAACAUUGUUCCAUCUAAACAUCCCAUAAUACCUUGCCUAGCACUGAAAUAAAGAAAUGUCUACAACUUUAUUGUGCAGAAUACAUUAAACGAGCAUUAAUUGCAUACAAACAAGUUUCUGAAAUUCUGAAGCUUUCCGUAAACUCAAGAAUAAACCUAUUAAUUUGUGCUUAUUCCUCAUUAAUCUUUUAUGAGCGUUCCCAGUUUCAUUAUAAUGAUUACCAGAACUGAUAAAAGGGCACACUCUACAGUAAGUUGAAACAAACUUACAAUUACUUACUGGCUAGUAUCUUAUUAUUAUUAUUAUUACAUUGUAAUAUUUUGUUAAUGUUUUAGAAUGCUAAUAUAAUAUCUUACUGAUAUAUAACAUUUGUCUGUUAGCUCUAAGGGGAUCCUUUAUAAUAACGGUCCAAGUUUCAUUUAAUAACUAUUAGCCUCUGAGUAAUUAAAGGAUUAUGCUACACACCAUAACCACAAAAUACACAUAAAGGGACACUUCACUGCACAAAUACAAAAAUAUAAAUAAAAUAAUGUUUAUUAUAUAAACAUUAUUUUAUAUCCGCAUGCAUUUAAUUCAGAAUUUUUUUUCAUUUGGGGUAUAUCUAAAUACAGCUGCUGCCUUUACAAACCCUCCCCUUCUAACCCCGCCCAGACUUUCUGUGGCUGUCCAAUCACAGACUUCCCAAUGCAGCUCAAAGAGAAGUCUUUGCAAGGCAGGUGCUCCGGGCAAUUGCUGCCUCUUGAGUUUAUCUCCACUGAGCUAAUCAAAGCAGGAAGUAACAGGACCUGUCGUCUGACAGUCGGGAGGUGUAACAGUUAAUUCAUAAUUGUUUCUAUUAAACUUUGCACUUUUUGCAAAAUGAAAAAAAAAGAGGUCACACUAAUAUCACAUAAAGCAUUUCAGUAAGCUAAAGUGAUUUAGGGGUCCAGAAUGUCCCUUUAAUCUUGAUCAAGUGUAAAUCAAGUGUUGUCAAUAUGGCUGAAGAGAAAUUGAGCCAAGGAUGUCUAGGGGGAGAGCCCUAUUUUUUUGUCAACUCUCUCCAACUGAUUUGAUGGUACAUCCCCAAAACCUGAGGUUUGUAUGUUCUAGUGAUCUAGAACAGGCAUAGGCAACCUUCGGCACCCCAGAUGUUUUGGACUACACCGCCCAUGAUGCUUUGUCAGCAUUAUGGAUGUAAGAGCAUUAUGGGAGAUGUAGUCCAAAACAUCUGGAGUGCCGAAGGUUGCCUAUCCCUGACCCUAGAACAUUGUAUUUUCUAACUGUCAUGAAAGUAAUGAUUAGAAUCUUUUUAGGCUUAUACAAGAACCAAUUGUUAUGUCUCUUAUUGGCAGAAUGCAAAAGGUUUCUCUGAUUGUUGUCUGAGCAAAUCCUACAGUUCGUAUGGUUACAAUUUGGGGAUAGACCUUUGGAAAGGAAGGAGAUUCUGUCCCGGAGCCCUACAACUACCUCCUUUACACCAGAGACAGACUAGAAGAGCCAAAACGCCAGACUACAUGCGCAGGCCUACGACGCUGCCAUUGCUUCCUCUUCCAAGGAUCGCAGUCACACCGGUAGAAAGUGGGUGA